AUGAGCUCCUCUUCAUCUACUUCUUUGACCUCUCAUUUCCCUGAUGAGCAGUCGCGUAAAGAACCGGAGCUGGCUACUUGGAGACGACCGGCAGCGUGGUGGUUGAUGAUUUAUGCGCCUUUUAGUAUGGUUGUACAGACAGCCACAGCCGGAGCAUCUCUGGAACUGUAUAACAACCUUAUUUGCCAUCAAAUUCGCGCAGAGCCUCAGUCGAUAACGCUUCUCCAUCCAUUUGCUGCGGACGUCCAAAUACUUUCUGACCUAGCAUUUAAUGCAUCACUCCCGGGCUCUGGCUCAUGCUCGUCAGACCCUUCAGUACAGGCGGAGGUCGCAAAACUUGCAACAGCCGUUGCAACGAUUACUGGGAUCCUCACUUUUGUGACAGCUGCUUGGUGGGGUUCUUUUUCUGACCGAUAUGGACGCACACGCAUGAUGGGCAUAUCAGCCAUCGGCCACACCUUUGGCUUAGCCAACACCAUACUCGUUGCAAAGCAAGUGGAGCGCGUCCCUGGAGGAUACUGGUUCAUUGCUAUCAACGCCGUCAUCAUGGGCAUUAUCGGUGGCAACGCUAGUGAGCUUGCUGCCAUGAAUGCAUAUGUAGCGGACAUUUCUACCUCAGAAGAACGGUCGCGCGUUUUUUCUUUUGUCAUGGGCUCGAUGCUUGUCGGGGUGGGUGUGGGUCCAAUUAUUGGCAGUCUGAUACUGAGGUUAUCGCACGACGUCUUCGUUGUGUUCUACUUCGCUGUCGCUUUGCGUCUCAUUCACACACUCUUUAUAUGGAUCGUUCUCCCCGAAUCGCUCACCCGUCUUCAAAUGAGUGAAGCCACCACUCGAUAUCGAGACUCCUUGCAGUCUGGCUCUGCCCACCCAAGACUGCAUUACAUAUAUAUUCUAUUCGAGCCGCUGGCGAUCUUUUGGCCCAAGAAGCAUGUUGACCAGUUUUCUGGGAGGAAGAAGAGGCACUGGAACUUGUUCACACUUGCCUUGGCUGACGGUUCGAUGCUUUUGGCUUCGUCAUCCGUCAUCUCGCAAUUUCUCUACGCACUCCGGACAUUCCAAUGGGAUGGGGAAUAUCUGGGUUAUUGCCUGAGCAGCAUUGGUUUUGCCCGUGCCGCUUUCCUUGCGAUCGUUCUUCCCGUCCUUAUCAAGCUUGCCAAACGAGAAAACAAACCUGCAUCACCACCAGGUCAUACGGAUCCGUCAGAUGAACGACAGCCCCUACUCUCAAGUCCACCAUCGUCGCCUGACGAAGCUGGGUCCUCUCCGCCCCAUUCAAUUUCUCAUGCCUCCUAUUUCGACCUUUCGCUAGCCCGCUUCUCGAUCCUCGUGCACAUAAUUACUUUUGCUCUCCUGCCCUUCGCGCCGACCAGUAUUCUUUUUAUCGUCUUCAUCUCCCUUGGGUCGUUCGCUGCGGGACUUUCCCCGGCCAUAAACAGCGUCGCAUUGGAGCUCUACACGCAUCAAGCUGGUGUAGACGGUGCGGUCGAGUCGGGAAAACUGUAUGGCGCGCUGAGCGUGGUCCAGGCGCUUUUUGGAAACAUAUUGGGCCCUCCCAUAUAUGGGCUUAUCUACAGCAUGACCGUAGCUUCGCAUCCGAGAACCGUCUUCUUCGUAGCGUUGGGCAAUGCCGCUGUGUCGCUGGUACUCUUGGUCUUUGUUAGACUUCCAUCGCGCCACGGCUUGUAA